GGCAUACUACAGGAGUGUUCUGCGAGUGUUUUGAUGAGCUCCCGCCAUCUUGGGAGGAAAGUGUUCUACUUUGGUGUGGAAAAAGACGUGUAGCUCGCCAAAUCCACCUCCGAGAUUGACGCCAAUCGUGUGCGGGAUUCAUCGGGAACUGCUCUACGACAUGAGUUUAGAUACCCUGCUUGAAGCCGCCAAAUACAUCGAAUAUAGAUCGGAAGCAAAAGCACGUGGCGAGAUCCCGCAGGAUUACCAGACGUUUGCUCUGCAGAGCAAAGCCAUCGCAGCGGCUGACGAGUUUCGGAUCCAGGCGAGGCAGCAGCUGCACAACGCAUCGCGGUGCGACAAUUCUUCGGACUCCUACUCGUCGAAUCACUGCGACGAUGGCCGGGAGAAGAGGCGGUCGGGCGGGGCGGGCACACGUGAAGUCCACAAUAAGCUUGAAAAAAAUAGGAGAGCCCACCUGAAGGAGUGCUUUGAAACACUGAAAAGACAGCUUCCAAACAUGGAUGAUCGGAAAACGUCCAACUUGACCAUUCUCAGGGGUGCCCUGCGCUACAUACAGAGCCUGAAGCGGCGUGAGCGGGAGUAUGAGCACGAGAUGGAACGCCUGGCUCGAGAAAAGAUAGCAGCACAGCAGCGGCUGGCCACACUCAAGAAGGACCUGUCCUUGCAGCUUGACUACCUCGACAUGAGUGCCCUGCUGCCCGAGAAGGACAAUGAGACUACCACAACUGCCUCUGAGUGUGGCAACUACAGCGACUUGGAUGAGGACCUGGAUGAGAAACCUCGUCUUCAGCCGCCGUCGGUGUCCCCCGCCAGCUCACCCAAGCCAGCGCUAUCUUUUCUAUGUGACGUAGCAGGUAACUCUGAAAAUGGCAAGCCUCCCAUUUUUCCCACAAACCACAAGUUGAUUGACACGCUAAAUGGUGCUGCAAAUACCAGCAUUGUCAAUAUCAGCAGUAACAGUGCUGUCAACAACAUUACCACCAACAUCGCCACUGUGUUCACCUCCUCGACUGGCCACAUUGCGACCAAUAGCAGCUGUGGUGCUACCCCUGUGGUGGUCACUGGUGGCCGGGUCACUGCACCCAGGGCGUCGCCAGGGAAAGGCAUAACCCCUAUGGCAACACCGAUGCUGUCGAUGGCUAACAGCAGCAAGAUGGUUGUGACCCCAGCUACCCCUCUGGCCACGAGCACCAGUUUGGCCAGCCUGGUUUCACAGCAACAGUCGCAGGUGACAACACCAGCAAGUCUAGGCCUUGUCUCAGCAAGCCCUACCUCUGUAAGUGGUACUUCUGCCAUGGGACCUAGCAUCCCAGCAGGUGCAGUGCAAGUGGUGGCCAGCCCCAGUGGCACAGUGAAAGUGAUUGGUGUGGCAACAGCCGCAAGUGGACCCACAGCAACUGCAUCCACUCCUGGUACCGGUUCUGCUCCGGGUAUAGGUGGUAGUCCCCUUGUGGCUUUGGCUGUGGCAGCUUCUACAGCAGCAGGGCCUGCAGCGCAGCCGACAGUAGCCAAGUCACUGGUGCGCGUAGCAACCAGUGCAGCACCAUCUGGUGUAGGUCGGCCAACACCUGCAGCAGGCCCUGCUCCUGUCACCUUGGUCACGGCAGCAAAGUCUCUCUUUCUUGGUGGGCCACAAGGUGGGGUGGCCGCAACAGUGGCGGCUGUGGGUUCGAACCCCCAACCCAUUGUGGCAGUGGCUGGGCCACCCACAGCCACUGUGGUGACAACACCCACCGUACGACGAGGCCUGCCGCAAAUCCUGACACCUCGCGUGACUGGUGCAACAGUGCUGUCCAACUCUACAGUGGGCACCCUGAAACCAGUGCGGGGUAGCAGUCCAGCCCUCUCCCAGCUGGCAGCCCAUGUGACCCAUGUGGCCGCAGCCACUGCACCCACGGGACAGAUUCCACUUAUGGCCCCCAUCUCAGUUGUGGGUCACCUGCCCACAUUGCUGAGUCAGCAGUUCCUCUCUCCGGGUCUCGGUCCCCUGGCAGCAGCUGCAGCCUCUGCUGGUGGCAACGCGCACCACCACCACCACCACCAUCACACCGGCGCCACUGCAGUCGUUAAGCCCCUCGUAGUCGUCAGCCUUCCCAACGUGGUGGCCCAACCAGCAACCUCGUCUAGCGUUGGCACAGCCCAGUGACACCCCCUCCCUCCUGUUUGGCGAUGACUUCUUGCAGUGGUGGCUUGCAGUUUUGUUCCCCAUAUUUUUUUUUUUUUUCCCCACAUGUGUUGCCUUCUUACGAGCACCCCACCGCCUCUGUUGUGUUGCCUGCCCAAAGAAAGUUCUGUGCUGUGCUUAAAGCUGCAGCACAGAGCUGUAGCAGACCCUCUCACCUCUGUUUCAUCGUUAUUGUAGAAGAAGACUUAUUCACCAUUAACGCAUGCAUACGUGGAAACAGAAAAACUUGCAUAACUUCUGCAUUGACAGCAUUUUCCUGUCGUGGUUGAUGUCCUUGUUUCGGCCAGCUUCUUCCUUCUCCUGAAUAUCACAGGCCUGCAAGAGUCUGUCAUGCUUGACUUUACCGUGGCUGGUGUGGUAGAUGUUCCAUUCCGCACUGAAGAGCUCUACUUGUCAUGGAUGCAAGAAAGAGAAAGCAAGUAUGCUUUCUUACCACCGUGUUCUCCUAUGUUGACGAUGCUUGCUGGCUGAUUCAUACCUCUUUCCUCGACUGCUUGUGGUUCAUGAAAAGGUGUUAUGUAAAGAUUUCACACGAUUCCCACACUGAAGAGCAUGAUGUUGUUAAGCUCUGCAAGAAAGGCAGUGUUUAUUUUCUUUUUUUUUUUUUCUCAUCUGUGUUCUUUGCUUGUUUUUUAGCAGCCGUUCUGUCCAUUUAAUUUCGUUUAUCAGUGACACAUUUCUCAGUGUAGAAUUUGCUUGACAAGAAAGAAGAAAAUCUGUGGCAAGCUCUAUUUUUCUCUACUCUGCAGUGGCAUUCACUAUGAGGCAUGCUGGUUUGUAAUGCCACUUAUUUUGCACAUGGCACUGAUGUCUAAGUUGCUGUGCUUAUUGCUUCAUGUAGUCAUCGUUAUGCAUUCUUUGUCAGCACCUAUGACAUGGCAGGCUGUCGGAAUAUAUUACAUUUCUGUCCAGACUUUUCUCUCUCUCUUUUUCCAGUCAUAGCCGCACUUACAACCCUUCCCCCACUUUUUUUUUCUUGGUGUUCAUUAACACUCCCUGAGGUAAGCAUUGAUUUAAGCUCAGAGACUUUUGCAUGUGCACUUGGUGCACAGUGAAUCUAUGCCUGCCAUUUCAUUGUCUGAACUGUUAUAACCUGCAGACAAACGAGUCUUUGGCAUGGCCAUAACAUCCGCCUUGUUCCCUAACAAGAGAUGCAAGAAAUUUGCAGUUCUAUUACAUGAAGUACACUGUUCAAGCUUACUGUCCUCCCUCUCUGCAGUCAGUGUGCUUUGCACUCUUUGGUCUGCUUGUGAAAUGACAAGAGCCUUGCUGCUGCUCUUCUUAGCUGUACUUGUGCCCCCAUCUAUCGUUUUGACAAACACAUUGACAAAGGAGCUUCUCAUGGUGUGGCGAGUUGAGCAUCCUGGGACAUCACAUGUCUUCCUUACUCUUACAAAGAAGUGUACCCAUGUUUUCUGCUGCCUUUGACAAUUCAUUCCAUUGCUGAAGCUUCCAAGAAAGUGGGCUGCUAUGUAUGUGUUCUGUGCAUGAACUGUUCUGGUUUUGUUGCUGUUGCCCUUUUGUCCUUGUUUUCUGUUCGUGUUAUAGAACCCUGUCAACUGUGAAUGUUGUGACGUGUCGCACCUGCUCAGCGAUUUCUGUUUUCUACGUUAUGUUAUCCAGUGAGCAGAAUUGAGAUGUGUGUUGGGGGGGGGGGGGGGGGGCAGUGUUUGUGCUUCAGGAACUAGACAGGAUGCACCUUUCUGGCCUCGUGAGCUGUGUCACCCUUAAAAUGCUCUGACUUCACUUUUGUGUGUUCUGCUUUCUAAACGCUUUAUAGCUUCCCAAGUGUAAAGGAGUGACGCCACUUCUUAAGCCUGGGCACAUUUUACUGCGCAUGUUAACUAUGUUUAUUUUGCAAUUAUGAGACAGUUUGCUGGCUUGGCAAUGGAGAGGGGCAGACUGUGCAGCCUCUCACAAAGCUCAGUGCCACUAAGCAUAACUGAAGCUAUCUUUGAAGUGUUCUCACCAUUCACUGUGGUGGGAUUGUGCUUGUCGCAUGCGAGACGCGGGAGCAGUGCUCCUAAGUGAAGAUCUCCUCCGGGGUCCAAAGAGAGUUACAAGUGGUGAUGACGUUUACACGUGUGCGCAGAGACAACAGAAACCUGAUGCAGCUUUUGUGUACGUCUGUUCACAUAAGUGCUUGGACAUGUGAUUUCCAGCAACCCCAUGCAAAGAUGGCUCUCAAUAGGCCAUUGUAAUGCAACUUGAUUAGAAAGCGUUUGCUUUUGAGAAAUGAAAGCUCAGCCUUGCCUUUUUUAUUUUUCUCCCUGUGUUUUUUUUUUUUUUUUGGACACUGUCUGACUUUACUAUCUGCCCUUUAAGCUUUUUGCACUUGUGGUACCUGACAGAUGAAAGGUUUAAGUAAUUGUUUUCUGGUUUUGUCCUGGAGGAACUUAUUGAUUUAUUGUCUUUUUUUAUUUGUUUUUUAAAGAGAGGAACAAAGUGUGUGAUUCUCAGCUCAAAUCUUUAUACUUACAUCCUUUUUUCUUUUCUUCUCCGGGUUUUGUAAUGUCUGUAAAUGUGAAAUGGAAAUAGUACAUUAUUUUACAAAACUUGGGAGUGCUUAAAGAUGGCUAUGUUUGCCUUGCGAGAACUAAUCAUUUGGCAUACAUGCAUUUUUAUGAAAUGGGAGUUUUGCGUUUUAUCUUAGUGCAAACAUUUUUGUUCAACUUUUUCUCAAAAUAAUCCUAUCUUAAUUAGCUGUGGCUGCUAUGACACCAAAGGUGGCACUGGUGUGUUACAGAAAUAUUAGUGCCCAUUGUCUGUGGUUUGCAGCAGAAGCCGUAAUAGAAGCCGGAGAGAAAAAAAAAAAGUAGUGAAUUAGAUGAGGUCCUGCAAUUUUUACAUUGCUACAACUAUGCUUCUAAAAUGGGCACUUUACAUGCUUUCUCGAGGCUUUAUAGAGUGCGAUGGUAAAGAUUUGAAGCCAGCAGUUCUCCGUAAAAACGUAUUUUCUGUUUUUCACCAACAUUGGUUUAAACCUACACUGAACACUGAAACAGGCCAGCAUUUUUCUUCCACCUUUGAUUGCUGUGACACUUAGACUGUUGUGCCUCAAGUCAUCGUAGCAUCUGUGGACCUCUGUACUGACCCUUUAAUUGAUGCAUGCAACAUCUGUCUGUCUGCCUUCGCUUCUGGAACGAAACAAGCAGCUUCAUGGGGCAUAGACUGACUGCUCAUUCAAAGUCCAAGUUCAAAUGUGCGCAUGUGUGGAUUGUGGAGAUGAUGUGAUUGAUUGUAGUCAUGUUCUUCCCCAUACCUAGUGCAUAUUUUAAAAAAGAUCCUCGUUUCCUAAAAUUGUUUCCUCGCCAGGUGGCCAUGGCAUUGUUUCUCAAACUUAAAUUCAAGUAUCCCUGAGGUGGGCCAAAGAAGGUGUUCUUUAGAAACUGCUCUGCAGUGUGCACUAAAUGUUCUGUGACAAAUUGAUCAAUCAGUGGAGGUAGCAAAUUUCCUCUGAAAAGCUAUACAGAGAACAUUAUGUGCACUGUAUAUUUCAAAGUUUUCACUGCUGGUGUAACCACUUUAAAAGCUUGGCAUAAAGAAAAACAUUUGAAUCUACUUGCAGGCACUUGUAUGCAAGAUAAGGGUGUCCAAAAUUAUGGUACAUUCGACUGGUUCCUACCGCACUCCGAAUUUGCAGCGAUGUGGAGACCUCUUGACAUUGGAGGUAGAGAAAGUAUGCGCAUGCCGAGCAUUCAGUUGCUCCCAGAGCAAUCAUAUGAGCCAGAAAAUAGGAAUUCUGUCUAUAUUUAGGCCGCGAUCUCAGUGCUCCCAGCUUGAGAGUGAGAUCGCCCUCAACCAAUGAGACGGAGCGCGCCACUCUGAAUCAACCAGUCGAAUGUAUGCCGAGCACUCGAUUUCAACCAGCCGAAUGUAAACUGCGCCGCAAGAGCGCUCGAAAGCGCUUGAAAAUGACCAGUAAAAUGUACCAUUAGUUCCAUACCCUAUUUUUACCCAGAGGUGAAAUUUGUCAGCCAAUUUAUAUAGACUUGAAUCGGGCAUCUAGCUUGAAAGAAUGCCUUUACAUUAACACGUUUUCUCACUGUGCAUUCUAUGACUUGAAAGGCAAACUGUCUCGCAUCUUAUAGCAACCUAUAAAAUAGACGCUCUUGGCAGAGAUGACUAAGUUGCGCAGCUGAAUGGAAGCAGCCGCACCUGUUUUAUGGGUUAUUGUCUCCUGGAAGCUUGUGUAUGCAGAGGAGCAUUGUUUUCUAAGUUAAAGAUAGUGUCAAGCCAACAGAUUUUGUUGGACAACUAGACAUUAUGUCAGAAUCUGUCUUUCUCCUGCUUGAGUGUCUCUUUCCAAUUUCAUAGCUCAGAACCGGUAUGUUGCAGAGUUGUGACAACUGGCUAGAAUGAACUAAAGCAUGAACUUGUUCAACGUCCAAUGAGUAGUUUGAUUAGUAGUUGAGGACUUGCUAUUUUAAUAUUUGUAAAUGACUGUAUUAAAUAUAAUGAUGCUAAGUGGAUACGAUGGGACAGCUGUAGUACUUUAGUGAGGGGUGUAUUUCAGUGAGUAUUUCUACAUGGUAACUUGCACACUUGUGCGUAUGAAGUUCUUUUAUAGUGUGAUUAGUUGGACCUGGGAAAGCCCUUUUCUGUUAUAAAUGCCCAUGGGUCAAUUUCUGCAGUCAUUCUAGCAUAUAUUGAUCAAAAAAUGAAAUUUAAUUUCUCAUAGACCUGAGUAAUUGGUAAGGGCAUCAUUUUCUUCGUGUCAUUGAACCACCGACUGACUCUCUUGCCCCUGAUGUAUCUCUGGGGACAUUGACUCAGAUAUCUUGAUGUUAUCAGUGUUACAGCAUGCCUUACUUGUGACGAGUUUCAUCUCUAAAAAAGACCUUGUAGGGAUGGUUAGCAGCACUGAAUGCUGCAUCACUUGCUUAAAUUUAUGCUAAAUUAAGUAGAAAAAAGGUUAAUUGGGCUCUUGGCAUAGAAAAUAGAGGAGUGAACAUGGAAGAAAGUAAAAGAUUAAAAAUUAUCUCUGAAAAUUUUGUAUUGCUACAGCUAUCUACAGACUUUUGAUGCACCCUGUAGAGAGAUAGUACUAUUGAUCAGUAUUGAUGAUAAACAGAGCAGCAAGACAUCGGGUGAGGCAAUCAUGAUCAUCCAUCUCUGUGAAGCCAACAUUUUUGUCACUGAUUGAGGUCAAAUCAAAUGUAAGCAACAAAGUUGCUGCCUGAACCAGACUUCAAUUGCUCCAAAAUUUAACUCUUGCAGAUUUAGACUAACAUAUUCUCAUUUGAUUGUAGCACCAACACUGUCUAGUUAUGUUUUCUCUCUCUGUCUUUUUAUUUCUUUAAUAUUAUAUAUAUAUAUAUAUAUAUAUAUAUAUAUAUAUUUUUUUUUUUUUUUUAAGUUUUCAAAUGUAUUAGAAGCAGCCACUGAAGUACCUGUGAUUGGGUCAAAGGGUUCACGACAGAUAAAGGUUUGGGAGCUACUGGGCUAUGGUAUAACACUGAUCACAGCACAGCAGUCCUGGUAAGCAUUGCAGACUAUAGCAGUGCAAAAAUCAAAUGAAGAAAAUAAAAUAAACACAUAAACAAACAGUUGGUCGUUACUCUUACAUAUACCUUUGCUUUUACUCUUUGGUUAUGUGUUGCUUUGGUCUUAAAUGCAUGCCAACUUCAGUGCUCUAUUUUUGUAAGACACAUUUGUCCAUAUUUUGUCUUUACAUAGAAGCAUCUUCCUCUAAUGUGUUGCCUCGAUUUUAGAAUCUAAUUUUCCUUUUCCUUUUUUCCUUCUGAUGCCAUAGGAGAGAUAAAAAUGUUUUUCUAGCAUUGUAAGGCUGUUAAAGAUGUAUGUGCAUUGAACGUACAUUGAACCUGUGAUGGGCAAAUGUCCUUGAAUGAAUUCAAUUUGUCUUGUAUCAGACUCUGGGAGUGGACGAAGCGGUCAAUUAGUGUCAAUUUGGUGAGCUGGAACAUUCUUUGUCGAGUGUUUUAAAUGCCCUCAAGAGUGCAGGAUCAGGCAAGUGAUGAAUUUCAUAUCAAGUGGUGUGUUAUGCUGACUUUUUGGCACCACCUGAGUAGCGACGCCUGACAUCCGACACUUUUUUUUUUUUUUUUGUAACUGCGCUGAUGGAAAAGAAAGGGGGGGGGGGGGGGGAGGCAAGGAAACAAGCAAGUUAGAAAGCAGAAAAUUGUCUCUAUGUUAUCUGCUGUCUUCUAAAGCACUCUCAAGUCAAGAUGUAUUAAUAUCAAGAUCCAGUUUUAUUUGCAUGUCUCAGGAUGCCUUCAGAAUUUCUCGAUGGUUCUAAAAGGAAGGCGUCCAGCAAUAUUUUGUGCACUUUUGAGGUAGUGUGCUCCUCUACAUUCGUGCAGGAUGGCCUCUUAUUUUCUUUCACUGUGCACGAUGAACAUUGAACAACAGACGUGAGGUUUGGGAGAACAGUCGAGACAACUUCGCUGUGCUGCAGUCUCUUUUUUGCGCAGCAUGCUUUCUAAAAGCAAUGUGCGUGAUGGCUUUCGACUGCAUGUUGACCUCUCAUAUAUUGUAUAAUUUAUUGUGUGCACCUAUUUUUCAAUAUUUUUUCUUUGGCACAUAUACAUAUGUAUGUAGAUAACGCAUAAUUUAUUUGUGUGGAUGUGAAACAGUGGCUGCAAACUGCUUAAUCCAAGGAAGCGGCGUGAUGCGAAUGAAGUACUGCUGCCUCACAUGUUGGUUCCUCUGCUUGUACAUGUUUAGGAAAUGGAUCUGCUGCCCCUACAACAGUCGCCUUGCUUUUUGUAUCUUGUUAUUGGCUGUCGAGGUGCUUUUCUAAAUUUUUUUUUUGUAAACAGCAUGAGAGUUCCCCCUCCUCCUCGAGUUUCCUUUUUUUUUUCUCCGACUUCUAUCAACCAAUUUCUGAGACCCAUUCUAUUCAUGGUACUAAGCUUUGUGGAGGCGACCAGUUGCUGUGCGAAUAUAUUUAAUGGUUCUGCUAUUUAGGCCGCCACUCUUCGGACAUUGUUGUCUGUCAUUUUUUCUAGUGCAUGGAAGCACUGAUCCCUCAUUGUGAUGGUUAUUAAGAUUCACUUGUGUGCCGAAACGACCUCCACUUUUAUGUAGAGGGCUGUCCGGUGUUUUGUAUUGUGCACAUUGGUGGGAGUCCAAAGCUUUCUGCAGAGAAUGUGCGACUCAUGGUUUUCAGACCAUCAUCAGCUGUUGGAUGUUGCAUUGCAAGAAAAAAAAAAAAAAGCUAAUGUCAAAUGGAACUGAGGAGGAGAGAAAGCUAGCUGUUUUCAAGUCAAAUAAAUGAAUUGCUGCCUAACAUGCUUAUAGAUAUGUGCAGAUUUCACAACACUGACAAGGCAUUGUAAUAUACUGUGUGGUCUCAUGAAUGUGCUGAAGUUUGGUACUUUUUGUAUAGUGUUUGUUGGACAAUGACUGGUGACAUUCGGGUCUCUGCUAACCAGCUGAUUUUUUUUUUUUUUUUUGAAAUCUUUAAAAGACAAUGCGAAUGUUUUCCAGCUCUUGUUUGUUGUGUGUUCCUUUCACACUGAACUGUUAUUUUCAUUUUUUUUUUUUAAGGGAUAUGCCAAAUGCAUUCUGUGUAACCUUGGCCAUUCAUUCUCUUAGUGAUAAUCUUGGAUUCAUACCUUACUGUUAAUGCUUUACACGGACAUGUUUAUGUUGCUGUGAUCUGAGAGACUCAUUUGUGAAAAUGGAAUUUGUAUGUUGUACGGAACUUGCAUGUUAUGGUGCAAAAGUCUUGUAUUACUAUGCAGUCAGUCAUUUGAGAUGAAACCAAAUGCGUCAAAGACAAUUGUGCAAGCUCAGACAAAAAUUUAUUGGACAUCUGGUCACGGGUAUCUGAGCAUGGGAUGUGUGUGCUGCCUGUUAUUUAUGUUCAAGGGGACUGGAAAUACAAGUUUAGUACAGGAAUGGAUGUAAAAAGCUACAGUGACAUUCAAUGUGUUGUGCUGGUUUUUCCUGCUUGUCUGGCCUUCACAAACGGAGUCGAGAGACCCGAGAUGUGCGGCUUGGGGACAAAAGCUAUAAAUUUGUCCCGCCCUCCUGACAAGUAAUGAGUGUGUACAUUACUUCUCUUCGUUGACUGCUUUCAUGCCUGCCUUGAUGGGGGGCAUUGUUGAAAAAGAAAAAAAAAAGUAUGUCAUCCUCAUCUUCAUCCCAUACAAACACAUACACCUCCUUUUCAUAUGUCCAAAGGAGCAAUAUUAAGUUAUUGCAACUCUGCUGUAAGAUAUAUUUCUGCAUUGUGUGUGCAUGCUUGAAGUAACCAGUGCGUGUGUUUGUUGUGACAUGUAUACAUUUGUUGCAUGAGUGCAAAAUUCCUCUCUACUUUAUUAUUUUUUUUUAAUGGCUGAAAGCGUAACUUAUUUUUCACUGUUCUACUGCCUGACUUCUUUUUUUUUUUUUUUUAGUAUUAGAGGAUGGCAUGCAUUGUUAGGUUAUUUAUGGAUGCAAGCCUAGUUUGUUUGAAUAUACAGAUUUUUCUUCUUUUGUGAAUGGUGGUGUGUACACAUACAUUUGUGUAGAUGAAUGUUGACAUUCCAUGUACAUAUUUGUGUAAUAUAAAAAAAUGCUUUGUUUACCAUUUGAA